GUCGUUUCCGUGUAUCUAGCCUACGUUAGGUGGUGGAAUCUGCUCUGCAAAGACAAACACAUGUGAAAUUAUUGAUCAGGGUUGUGUGAAUUUAUGGAAACAUGUCAAAGAAGCGGGGCAGGAAGCGUAGCAGUGGAGAGCUGAGUGAGAGCUCGGCAUCGACCCUGAGCCCAGACCCUGACAACCUGCUGGGCCGCAGGAUUCAGCACACCUGGAGGGAGAAGGGCAACGUGACCAAGUGGAAAGGCACCGUUUUGGAGCGCCUAACUGUGAACAGCUCCCUCUACAUGGUCAAAUAUGACGGCUUUGACUGCGUGUACGGCAUCGAGCUCUUCAAAGACAACCGGGUGUCCAACCUGCAGGUGUUGUCAGAGAAAGUCGUGAAUAAUAAGAUCAAGGUGCCUCCCGGGGCGGAGGAGCUGGUGGGCCGAGCUGUGGAGCAUCUGUUCGAGAAGGAGGACGGUGAGAAAAACGAGUGGCGAGGCAUGGUGCUGUCCCGAGCCCCCAUCAUGACCUACUGGUAUUACAUCACCUACGAGAAGGACCCCGUGCUGUACAUGUACCAGCUGUGGGACGACUAUAAGGACGGAGACCUACGCGUCCUGCCUGAAUCAGAGAACAAACACCUGCUGCCAGCGGACAGGAAGCCGGGUGAGGAGCCAGAGAGCCUUGUGGGUAAACAGGUGGAGUACGUCACAGAUAACGGUCUAAAGAGGACAGGCUUGGUCAUCUACCAAGUCCCAGCUAAGCCCACGGUGUACUACAUCAAAUAUGACGAUGACGUCCACAUCCACGUGUACGAUCUAGUGAAGACCACCUAGUACUGACUGUCCGGUUUCAUCUCGAGCUGCAGGCUCAUCUCUGACCUGUCCAGUCUACCUGUUAAAAGUGUUACAGAUUUCAGUUUUCCUCCAGCGGGAGGCGAUGUGCCGAAGAUCAUGAUCAAGAUUUUUUUUUUUUAAUGCCUCCAGUGGUUUCUUUCAUUCUCACAUUACAAGACAUUGUAUUCGUUUUUGAUUCUUAGUUUUAAGUUGAUCUUAAUGUAUGACUAUUAGGUCGUCUUCGAUGUAAAUAAAGCAGGUCUGAGACCGGUUGUAUAGCCCAGCAGAUGAAAUGGAGCUAGACGUUUGUUUUGGUUGAAUCACACUUGUAUAGUCAAACUCCAAAUUCAUACUUUUUGUAAGCGACACAUCAAACUAAAGUAAUUCAGCUUUCUUACAUAUACCUCUGUGUUUUAUUCGUAUUUCAUUUUACUUUUAUAUGCCUGUGCUAUUUAUUUCAUCUGGAAUAUCUGGCUGUGGUUUUUGGCAAAACUUGUCCGCUGUGCUUCAUGUGUGUCACUGGGUAGGCCUCAGUUUGUUUCAUAUAGAAGAAAUAUUCAUUUGACCAGUGUGCUGAUUUUACCAUCACAGUGAACUCCAGUUUUAGUUCAAGUGUACAGGCAUUGAUGAGACUUGACUGUCUCAUGGAUUUAAAAAGAAAAACAAAACCAAAAAAAAGCAACAAAUUCUUAAUGUCAUGUAUUAUAUUUCUGUUCUGUUUCAUCAUGUAAAACUGCAAGUUUUCUACAUUAUAAUAAUAUAUGAAAAAGACUGAUGUUGAUGUCAUGUUGUUUGAACAGUGUUUGUGCUACAAACUCUUUAUGUAGUUGAAACUGGCCGCCAACAUUGUGAAGUAUUUGGGACUGAAGUCUUCAUUAUUUGACAAAAACGAAUGAUGUGACAUGAUAUAUUCAGGCCUCAAAAUAUUGUUCAUUGUGACCCUAAAUAUGUUUUGUUCUGUAAAUAUAAUCUGAGACAUUUUUAUGAACGUAAAACGAAGCUGCUUGAAAAUUAUUUCCUCUUUCGGUAAUUGUGAAAUGCUGUUUGUGGUGCGUUGAUUAUUUUGUUCGUUCAUGAGGACGAGAAGUUCCAUCACGCUUGUAAGAAGUACAAUACAUGAAUUUAGUCAAAUAGUGAACGCAUUUUUAUCAGAUAAGACUCAUGAGGGACUCCCUAUCAGUUUUUAUGGAAAGCACUUAAAGUGAUCAGUGAAAGGAUAAAAAGUUGGGUAUCUUUCCAAUAAAACAGAAAGUAAUCAAUUAGCAUAGAACACUGAAAAGGUUUUCAGUCUGUUCUGAGUUAAUGACAUUGUGUUUGGUGAUCUGGGUGAACCUGUAAUUCAUAAUCCAACGUUUUGACCUCAUGACCUGCAGUUUUAUGU